GAAGAAGAAGAAGACAGGGAAGAGGAGCGUUUAUAGCCAGAGAGAGAGACAAAGGAGGGAAAACAGAUUGUGUAUUUGAGUGUUUCGCCUCUGGUGAAGCCUCAAUAACGAGGAGGAAGAGCAGCUCUGCAUCCUCCAGUAUUAUUAGCAUCACUUUCUGCUUUGGUCAGCUCGGAGCCCAGAAGCAGCCGCAGGAAGUCAGAGGAAAAACUUUAAGCAUCUUUAAGGAUUUUAUUUGAUCAAAUAAAAGGAAGAGCAAAGAUGAACCAGACUGCGUCCGUCUCUCAUCAGAUUGAGUGUCAGCCAAUCAAGGAUAGCAAGGAGUUUGUGGACGUCAGCCCCCCACAGAGGAACUGGAAGGGCAUCGCCAUCUCUCUGCUGGUGAUCGUGGUGGUCUGCUCGCUCAUCACCAUGUCUGUGGUCGUCCUCACACCUGCGGAGCAACCCGGCAACAGCCAGUCCAGGAUGACUGUAGCAGAUCUGUACAAACCAGAGUUCAGCGUCCACGACCCCGAGGCCACGUGGAUCAGCGAUUCAGAGGUGGUGUACAGGAACCGAGACGGUCACGUCAUCAAGUUCAACUUCGCCUCCAACGAGACGGAAGUCAUUCUGACCAACAGCACGUUUGUGGCCUUCAAGGUGGUGAAGUACUCGCUCUCUGCAGAUCUGAAGUACGCGCUCUUCGCUUACGAUGUCAAACAGAUGUACAGAUAUUCAUACACGGCGUCUUACAUCGUGUACAACAUCUACACCAGGGAGGUAUGGGAGCUAAACCCUCCGGAGGUUCACAACGCUGUGCUCCAACAUGCAGCUUGGGGAAGACAAGAACAACAGCUGAUCUACAUCUUUGAGAAUAACAUCUACUACCAGUCAGACGUGAAGAGCAACUCUCUGAGAAUCACCUCUUCUGGGAUGGAGGGAGUCGUCUUCAACGGACUAGCUGACUGGCUCUACGAAGAGGAGAUUCUGCGUUCACACUUGGCUCACUGGUGGUCGCCUGACGGAGAGCGUUUGGCUUUCCUCACCAUCAACGACACCCUGGUACCCAACAUGGUUCUGCCACAGUUCACCGGCAACACUUACCCCAAAGGACAACAGUACCCAUAUCCCAUGGCCGGUCAGAAAAACCCUGUGGUCAAGCUGUCGGUGGUCAACCUGUUCGGAGCGACACACACUCAAGAACUGCAGCCUCCUGAUCAGCUCAGGCUCAGGGAUUUCUACGUCACUAUGGUGAAGUGGAUCAGUGAUACUCACCUCGUGGUGUGUUGGAUCAACCGGCCCCAGAAUGCAUCACUGCUGACGGUGUGUGACGCCACCAUAGGAGUCUGUCUGCAGAGACAUGAGGAGUCUUCAGAGACGUGGCUCUCCAUACAGAGUCAGGAGCCCCUGUUCUCCGAGGACAGGAACAGGUUCUUCCUCACGCUGCCCGUGAAACAAGGAGGUCAGGGAGACUUCCACCACAUCACGAUGUUCACCAAGAAGUUACGAAGCGACCAAGACGAAGUUCGACACUUGACGUCAGGAGACUGGGAGGUGACAAAAAUCGUUGCAUACGAUGAAAACAACCAGAUCGUAUACUUUCUGAGCACAGAGGACUCUGCACAACAAAGACAUCUAUACAGCGUCUCCACCCUCGGCCUGUUUCCACGGCGAUGCCUCACCUGCGGGCUGAAAGAGGAGUGUUCGUUCUUUGACGCCGACGUCAGCGGCGACGCACAGCACGCCAUCCUGUACUGCAAAGGUCCUGGAGUUCCAGCUGUGCUGCUUCUAAGUUUCGAUGAGGUGGACUCGUAUUUCAUCUUAGAGAACAACCUCCCUCUGCGGGCGGCGCUGGAGACUAAAAAGAGGAUUCAGACUGAAAUCCGGAUGAUCACUAAUGACAACUUUGAUCUGCCUCUGAAGCUCAUCUAUCCUGCUGGCUUCUCAGAGUCCUACAUCUACGGCCUCCUCCUCAUUGUCGGCAGUUUUCCAGCCGAGCAGGCGGCGACGGAGGAGUUCAGGCUGGACUGGGACUCGGUGCUGGUUGGAUCGGAGCAGAUCAUCGUAGCACGGCUGGACGGCAGAGGGUCAGGGUUCAGAGGUCAAAGGGUUUUACAUCAGCUCCAUCAGAGGCUCGGCACGGUGGACGCAGACGACCAGACAGCAGCUCUGGAGUACCUGGCGAAGCUGCCGUUCAUCGAUCGUACUCGUGUUGGAGUCUUUGGAGAGGACUACGGCGGCUUCCUCACACUGACGAUGCUGAAGUCGACUGAGAAGCUGAUCCGAUGUGCAGCAGCUCAGGCUCCCGUCACCGACUGGUCCAUGUACGCUUCUACCUUUUCGGAGAGAUACCUCGGCUCACCUUCAACUGAGGAGAACAGAUACCAAGCAUCCAAAGUCCUGACCAACAUGAAAGGUCUGCAGGGAGGAACUCUGUUUCUGGCUCACGGCACUGCAGACGCAAACGUUCACUUUCAGCACUCAGCGGAGCUCAUCAAGCACUUAAUAAAGAUCGGAGCCAACUACACUAUGCAGAUCUACCCAGACGAGGGACACUUCCUGUCAACACGCAGCCGCAUUCAGCUUACUCACUCCCUAAUUGGUUAUUUUAGAGGAUGUCUGCUUGACGCAUCAUCAUUACUCGACCAACAACAACGGGACGAUGAGUGAGGUGUUUAUUAUUACUGGACCGUGUGUGUGUUAAUGAGUGUUUGUGCCCUUGGUAGACUGAGUGUGUGUGUGUGUGUGUGUGUGUGUGUGUGUGUGUGUGUUUUAUACCUGUAGCACAACGUUUGACGGACAACACAAAGCUUCUUCUCAACAUAUCAGAUAUAGUUUCUAUCACCUCAGUAGAAUAAAGCUCCUAUAGUCAGCUCUGAUGCAAAUAGAGGUCAUUCAGUACCUGACAUAUUGCCUCUCUCUCACUGAGAUAACAGAGAGAAAUGUUACAUGUUUGUUUGAUUUUAAAACUCUUUAAGAUGUGGGGGAAGUUUGGAGGAGGUGAUAAAUUUAGUCUUUCUUUUUGAUGCCAACCCGCCCUCUAAACCAUGACAGGCUUCUAUCGGCACAGUCUCUACAACAUGUUGUGAAAUUAACACAAAUUCUGAUGCAGAGAGUUUUUUAAUGUGCUAUUUUCAUGCCUACAUGCAAUAUAAAGGAGGGAUAACAGCAACUUUUAGCAAGUUAAAUAACUCUGGUUCUGAAAACUCAGCUUCAAAUUUUAAGUAUGUCUGUACAACAUUAAAUAUUCAUAAAUAAAUAAGCAAAAAUCAAAGAAAAGCAUCCUUAUUAUCCAUCAAUCAAACUUUUUAUAGCACCUUUAAGUGCUCUACAGGUGACAGACAAGCUGAUAAUAAGACAGCACAAAUGUAAACAUUAAAGCAAUUUGAGAAUAAUAUAAAGAAGAAAUACGAAUGAUGAAAAUGUAAUAAAAAACCCCAACUAGAUUAAAGAAAUAUAUUUAAAAAAUACAAUAAAUAAUACAAAAUAAAUGAUUAAAUAAAAUAAAUAUAAAUAAAAUAAAUAAGAAAAAAUAAUAAUAACAAAAUAAAAUAAAAUUAAUAAAAAAAUGUGUUCAGAGUCAAUGUUGCUUAAUCCUGAUUGGUGCACGAAAGUGUGUGAAAUCAUCAUUUCCAAAUGUCUUUUCCGAAAAGUAUGGAGAAAAAAAGCACAAAAAUGUGGAAUAAUACAAACUUGUCUAACUUUAUUGUUAAAAUAAAUUAAUAUAAAAGUAGGAAAAGCAAAAUUUUCAGCUUUUCUUGUGCAGACACGUUUCUCACCUUGUUUUCAUGAAGCAUUUUUCCGACUUUGCACUCAUUUCACAAAAUCUUGUGAGACCAGACUGCCUUUGCUAAAUACAUUUUACUUUCAAUUCUGCCUGUCAGUAUGUGUUUCUUUUGCCUAGUAUUUCAUAAAUGGAUUAUAUCGAUUAUAUAUCGAGCUCUUUCUCUAAACAUAAAGUUUUUGUUUUGAUGCAUCAACUUAAAAAUGCACAUUUUGACAUCACUGAUCCUCCAUAGAUCCCUCUAUGGGAAAAGAUAAUAAAUUUAUUUAAUUCAAGACGAAGCCUGACAGCCAUGAUGAUGUCAACAUUUCUAAAACUUGCAUUAACUUGCAGAGGGAAAACAUGUGUAACCAACUGAAAAGCAGACACGGUUCGCUCAUCAUAAACCAGUUUGUCAUGUUAAGUCUUGUAUAUUUCUAUGUGGGGCGGCUUAUGGUGACAGAUUUGUGAAGUUAUUAAACCUUUAAUUAGACAGCAAUAGUGCUCAACAGAUGUACAGUUAUUUAUUUAUUUAUUUAUUUGACAAGUAAUUACAUUUUUUUUCUAAAGGUUUAGCUUAAAGGGACAAUAAGCGAUUUUGUUGUCGUCCCACAGCACAAAAUGUCGGCUGUAGCUUAAUGAGAUUGUUCAAUACUCUGAUGGUUCGUGUCCACAGGAUCCGUCAUUUCCACGCUUUCCCAUUCAUUUUCUACCGGUGCCUUCAAAUGAAACCUUGUGUUUACAACAUGAGAAGUCGUGUUCACAUUAUGAUUGCCGUUUAAGUCGUGAGAACGCCGCUGCUAAGCGACGGCAAUAUUAACGUUACUGUCGGCAUCUAGCAGCCACAGAAAGAUAUAAUGACGGAGGAAAAAGAUGAGGCCGUUGGGUAAAUCAACAUUCUCCUCAGACAUGUUGUAAAAUUACGAAGAAAAACAAUAUAUACGAUUUAAAUCAGGUGCCUAAUGGCAGCCCAUCAAGCGUCCAAUGCUGGGAAAAACGCCCCUGUGGACACGUACCAAACAAAUCUGCAGCAGGUUUAUUGCAGUUUUUUUUUAUAAAUAUAUGGCAAUAUACGUGCGUUGAAUUUUGGCUGUAAUGUAGCCAUCUAUCAUGCAAAUGUCAUGUCAUGUUUUAAUAGUUGCAGGGUAUUAUUUGUUUAAUUUUCUAUGGUUUUAUAUUUUCUACUGGUUGCCAAAAUGUUCCUUUAAAUCCCUGGCUGACAAAACGUACUCAUGUUAUUUUUCUUUUGUUUUAUGUCCUAAUUUAUUUAUUAAAAUGCGUCAGGAUGAAUUAUUUCAAGUGCAAUUUGCUCUUCACUUUUCCAACUGCUUCAUUUUUUGUUUUGGAAAUACUCCCAUCUAAUAGUGCUGCAAUAAAAGGCGUCAUAACAUAACAAAAGAGCGUUCCUCACUGUGAUUACGAGACAAUUACUGUCGUCCAUUAAUCACAGUGAUGAAUGUUAGAGGAGCCAACAUGUGCUCCGUGUCUGGAGUUUAAUUUCCAAACUGCCAUCAACACACACGAGAAAGAAAAAUAACGUUCAAUCUCAAAUUGUGAUAAUCCCCUAUAACACAUGGCUACCGGUUGCCAUGCCAACGUGUUGGGUAGCCUUGGAUACAGCCACUCUUCUGGCUGGUGAUGCAACAUCUUCAAAGAGUCGUGUGCGUCUGCUUCACAGCGAAAGGAAACCCACCUGCUGAACCGUCCCGCUGUCUGUGCUUUGUGGCAUUCAACGCCGCCGUAUAGAGUCCAGUUUAAAGAAACCAGUGUGUGGAGUCAUGGUUAUUGUUUCUAUUGGGGUUUGUACUGUGAGGUCAACUGGAUUUGAUUUUCUUUGGGGGGGAAACAUUGUGGUCAAGGGAUGAGUGAAGAAAAGCUUAUUGUAUUUUUUGGCUGUUUUAAUAUUAAAGAACAAUGAAUGAGGUA